AUGCCAUUAGCAAUAAAUGAUUUACAAAUUCGAAGUAAGCAUGGUCAUUGUCCAAUUGAUCCUACAAAUGAAACAUGUGAAAAAUUUUUUCAAAUAUGGUCUCAUAAAGCAGCUAAUAUAUCUAAUGAUUUAAUUGAAUUUACAAUACGACGAAUGCAAAGUGAUCGUCUUCGUUUUUUAUUUCAAACACGUAAUGAAAUUACUCAACGAGAAAGUAUUUCACCUAUAUGUCAAAUAUCAACACAUAUUGGUGAUGAUUUACAAAGAAUAAAUGAAUAUAUACGUCGAUUUUGUUUAAGUACAAGAAAUCUUUAUCGACAUUUACGUUCAGAUUCACGUCUAUAUCCUAAAAUGUGCAUUGAGUUAGAUGAAGGUAUUAUAAUUAAAAUUUGUCGAUUUAUAUUUAAAACUAAAGUUUUGAUUAAAAUACUUUCAAAAGAACAACAUUUAAGUGUAGAACAACGUGAACAAUUAAAAAAUUAUAAAAUAAAACAGAAUGAUAAACAAUUUGAUAUAAAUGAUCCAUAUAGAAAUAUUACAAAAGCAUUUAUUGCAUUACAAUCAAAUUUUGAAAUACUUUUUGGUGAUAUUGUAGAUAAAGAUUUUUUUCAAAAUGCAAAAACAGCUGUUCAAGCCCUACCAAUAAUAUUGGAUACCAGUAAAACUAUUCGAUUAAUUUUUUGCACAUUAUAUAAACUUACUGAACCUGAGCGUGAAGCAGAAAAAGAAGCUAUACGUCAACGUCGAUUAAACUUUUGUAUUCGUGACUGUGGCUCAAAAAAGCAACAAUCUCUAACUACAAAUAUUCCAAUUAACAAUCAAGCUAAUACUAAAUUUAAAAGCAUAAAUAAAAUGUUGAAAAGAAAUCAAUCACAAAUAACACAUUCUAAAACACCAUCAUUAUCUCCGAAAACAUUUGCAAAAGAUAAAUCAACAAAUCAACAAACUACUAAAAAGAAAUCAAAAAAUAAAAAUGCAUCAACAACAAAUUCAGUAUUCUCAAGCCAGUAUCAUGAAAAUACUAAUUCCAUAAACAUUAAUAAUAUAAGAAAAAAAUUUAAAAAUUCAAACGCUGAUCAAACUGAAACAUCGAACAAAAUAAAACUCGGUUGGACAACAUGGUUAGAUAAUACAAAUCUUAAUCUUACAACUAACAUAACAUCAAAUCAAACUAAUACCAAUAUGAAUGAUAGGGAUAUAAAUCCAUCAAAGCCUUUACUAACAACUUGGGCUGCACUUGAACGAAUAUCAAAAAUGUGA